AUGUCUCUAUGUGUACAUAUCUCACUGACGCUAUUUUUAGCCAGUUUAAAUUUUUAUGUAGUGAGUUCUGCGAAAAUAUUAGCAGUGUAUCCAACUCCUUCGAUCAGUCAUCAAAUUGUGUUUCGGAUUUUAACACUGGAACUAGUUAAAAAGGGACAUGAAGUCACAGUUAUUACUCCUGAUCCUGUUUAUCCGAAAGGACAUGGACCACCCAAUUUAAUAGAAAUAGAUGUCCGUAAAUUAUCCUACAAAAUAUGGACAGACGUUUGGAUGAGCGACAAAUCUAUAUCUGAAGCUGACUAUUACUCCCAAAUAUAUUUUAUUUUAAGGUCAAUGUCAAAAAUUACUGUAACUCAAAUAGUGUCAAGCAAAGAAAUUCAAGCAUUAAUUAAAAAUAACAAAACUGAUUAUGAUCUGUUACUUAUAGAAGCUUUCGUGAGGCCCGUAUUAAUUUACUCGCAUAUUUUCAAAGUUCCAGUGAUUCAAAUCAGUUCAUUUGGCGGAUUGUCAUAUAAUUUUAAAGCUUUUGGUGUCCCUACACAUCCUUUCUUGUACCCAGCAAUACCCACGCAAAGACUAUACAAUUUAUCAAAUUACGAAAAACUACAAGAAUUAUAUUAUCAAUGGCAGAUGGAGAAUACUUUUAAAGAAAUUGAAGAAGAGGACAAUAGAAGUUUACAACAAGUAUUUGGGACCGAUAUACCAUCCAUAAGAGAGUUGUAUAAUAACGUUGACUUAUUGUUUUUGAAUAUCCAUCGAAUUUGGAUGGACAACCAACCAUUUCCACCGAAUGUUAUACAUAUUGGAGGAAUACACACUAAUCCAAAAACGAAGGGCUUACCAAAGGAUUUGGACUUGCUUAUGAAUAACACCAAAAAUGGCGUAAUUUAUUUCAGUCUUGGAACAAAUGUCAACACUACAAAUUUGCCAUUUGACAAAAUUCAGGUGAUUACGAAAGUUUUCUCCCAGCUUCCUUAUGAUAUAAUUUGGAAGUGCAAUCAAGAUUCUAUACCUGGAAAGACAGAAAAUGUCAAACUUUACAAAUGGGUUCCACAACCAGACCUCUUAAGGCAUCCAAAAAUCAAACUAUUUAUUACCCAAGGCGGACUCCAAUCAACAGAUGAAGCUAUUGAAGCCGGAGUGCCAGUUAUAGGUAUACCUAUGAUUGCAGACCAAUGGUACAACGUUGAAAAAUAUCAACAACUUAAAAUUGGAAUUAAACUUGAUCUAAAAGAUUUGACUGAAGAAACGUUCAGAGACGCCAUUGAAACCGUUAUUUCAGAUAACAGCUAUCGAAGUAACAUAAAGAGAAUACGCACAAUUAUGAAUGAUAACCCUCAAACGCCUCUAGAACGAGCAGUGUGGUGGGUAGAAUACGUCCUGCGACACAAAGGAGCGAAACAUCUACGUGCAGCUGGCGCCAACGUCUCCUGGACGCAAUACUUGGAGUUAGAAUUAGUUGCGAUUGUAGUUUUAUUCUUGCUAUCUAUUUUAAUAAUAUUUUUUGUUGCAAUGUAUUAUGUGAAGAAAUCAUUGAAAGCAAACCCCAAAGUUAAAACAUCUUAGUUAUAUUAAGACCUUUUCAGUGAGUCAUUAUUUAAACCCCCAAAAAAUCCACCAAAAACAGCCAGUAUUACUCAUGAAGUAAAUUAAUAUUUUUGUUAUUCUGUUAAUUAUUUAUAAUUAAAUGAUUUUUUAUUAUAUUUUAUCUCAGUCUUUUUUUCAUAAAAUGUUGAGCACUUUUCUGACAUCUUUGCUAAGAUUUAAAAAAUUACCGUCCGUUUUUAGACGGAUGAUAAAGGUUUCCUAUAAAAUUACGACACAUUUUCGUAAUGAACGUAAUGAAUCAUUACUAUAUUGAAAUUAAUGAAAUAAGAAAUACUUUACGAGCAAAUGUUUUAUUAAUAACAAUAUCAAUUUUAGACUGGUUAACUUUCAGUUUUAUUGACAGUUGCAUAAUCUAGAUGUUCUGGAUAACAGAAAUAUAAUAAAAUGCACGAC